AAUUCUUUCUUGCACAUUAGUUAUUGCCACGAGUUUCAAAGGGCGAGUUAGUUUUUUCUCUGGGGGCGAUACAAACAACGGUAUUGCGUUGGUUCAUUGAUAUUUUUGUGCCCAAAAGUCUUUUGACGGCACCUUUUUUGCGCGAUCGAAGCGAUGAAUAUCGGCUUGGCUCCUUCUGCGUCCGCUACUAGCGCUACCGUUUCGUCACAGCUCAUCGGUCUAAUCGGCAAAAUCAGACGGUAUUGUCCGAGCAAGCGUCCGGCGCUGACGACUGUUUGUUGGAUUUCCGAUUCCUGUCCGAUGUUGGCGCGUCUGUUUGGCGGCGGACUUCGAGCAGCGGAGGCCAAGCUUCGGAGGAAGCUGGAGCAGUUUUACAUUAGCAAGAUAGUCUGGGUGCCGAAGCAAAACGGGUGCUAUGUUCAUUUUGGAAACACCAAAGACUGCCAACAGGCGGCUCGUCAUUGGAACCGCACGUCUCGCGCGAGCAGAGCGUUUAUUGUGGAGGGGCAGCCCUUCGUCGAGGACCUCACUAGUCGAAAGGCCUCUCCGCUGCUCGAAGUUAAAUCGAGGCCGAAGUUCGCCUUGACACAAGAAGAUCUUUUUGUGCAAAUGCGUCGAUUCGGGAAGAUGAGAGACAUGACGGUGGACGAGUCCAAGGGCGUCGCGUGCGUUCGUUUCAGCAAGGUUUCGUACGCGAAUGCGGCGAGGAACUGCAUGGACGGGAAGGAGAUAGGAGAGUCCAUACUGGAGGUCAACUACAUUCGGUUGCCGUGGAAGCUGCCGGUGGAUUUGCUUACGUCACCGAAGGCAAUCGUACCGAUAGCGGCGGCCACGUUUGUGUUAUUUACGGCGCUUUUGUCGCCGGUGAGAAUUUACUUUGUGGCGCAGAGGUUGACGGUCGAGCAGUCGAUUGAUACGCUGAGGGCCGAGUUUCAGAACAACUACGCGGUGUCGAAGACGACGAGUCCAGAGUUGGAGCUUCGCGAAUGGAUCAACGGCCGGCCGAGCAACGUGUUGAUGUUGGUGGGGCCGAAGGGGACCGACAAGAGUAUGAUUCUCAAUAAGGUGUUGCAGCGACGUAUUUUUUCAGUUCGUGUUGACUGCAGUCAGGUCGAAACGGUACAAGAUUUUGUGGACCAUUUUGUACGAGAUAUUGGGUUUCGCCCUUCGUUUGCGGCCUUCAAUCAUUUGUUUUUCGUUCUUUUCAGUUCGUUUAUUCCAAACGCGACACAGCUGUCGCACGACAUUCAAAUCCAAUCCUUGCUCAGCACACUUGACCGCGUGUUCGCCCUUCCUCAUUCCACUUCCCAACAUGCUGUCAUCGCUUUCGACGAAUUUGACCAAUUUGUCAAAAUUCUGCAUUCUGAAAAAAAAGAGGAGGCCAAAAGAGCGGCCACGGUGCUCAACAUACUCUGCAAUUGGGCGAAGACGACGACGGUGCGUGGACGCGCACACAUUAUUUUUGUGUCUAAUACGGUUUACACUCGUGACAAGUUGAGUUUGAUAGAGGGCUUCAACUCGCUCCCGACUAUUUGGUUCAACGACAUAUCUCACGCCGAAGCUGAGGAAUACCUCAGGUCUAGAAUCAUCUCUAUGCGCGGUAUCAACUCUCCCAUCCUUUCUAGAAUUCCAGACAUCGUUCGCCUUCUGGGCGGCCGUCUGGGAGAUUUGGACCACUUGCUCUUCCAGCUGUCUUGCGACCGUCCCGUCGAUAAGGCCGUUUUCCAAAUGCUCGAAGACACCAAAAUGCGACUUCGAAAUACGGGAUUUGGCCCCACCAUUUUUUCCUCCAGUCAAUCUCCGUGGAACCAAAUUCAGCUCUGGAAGCUCAUGAUGCUCCUUCAGAAGAGCCCCUACGUCGACUACGACUACGCCCUCGUCACCAUCUUCGAGGGCAACGAGUCCGCCAUCGAAGGACUCGUCGAAAACAGAAUCCUCAGCAUUCACGUCAACGCCAACGACGAGCGCCUCGUUGUACCCUAUUCCCCACUCAUGAGCGCCGCCUUCACCGACCUCAUCGACCGCGAGUUGGAAUUCCGCUGGGGGAUGGAGCGGUACAAGACCGUAUUCGAAAUCGGCAAAGACAUGAGCCUACUGGAAAAGCUGGAGACCGAGUUGACCAAGCUUUCCACCUUCUUCUCUUGCAAGGGUGUUUAUCCUCCAGGCGAAGGAAUAGAGAAUCGAUUUCUGCAACUGGACAAGGAAAUACAAGCCGUCUACCAAAGACUGGCCGCGAAGAAAAGAGCACUAUCCACCAUCGAACACGCUAUCUCUCAGUUCAGCCCCUGUCAAAAGUCCCCUUCUAACUAACACUUCAGAAAAAAAAAUAAAAAAAAUUUUCUUUUUCUUUCAG